UUUAAUUUGGUUGAAGAUGAAUUCAUUUGAAGAUUUUGCAAGCAAUCUUAGUGUUGAUGAUAUUGAAGCACUUGAUGAUGAAGAUGAUCUUAUAGAGGCGUUGCUUUUGAAUGAUGAAGAUGAGGAUGAGUACAUGUGGAACGAGAUGAUUACGAGCAUCAUUCAUCAAUCAAAUGUGAUGAAGCAGGUUCCUCGACCAUGUCGAACUAGACCAUUCUCUGGUCAUAUGCUUGUAGAAGAUAUGUUGGCUGGACAUCCUGAUCGUUCAUAUUCUUGUUUUCGAAUGAGUUCUGAGGCAAUUCUUUUGCUUAAAAAUGUUCUAAUUGAGAAGAAUGCUUUAAGGCCAACUAGAUAUUUAAGCUGCAAUGAACAACUUUGUAUAUUUCUCUACGGAAUUUCGCAUGCCCUUUCAAAUCGAGUAUUAGCUGAGAUAUUUCAACAUUCAGGAGAGACUAUUAGCAGGCAUUAUAAUAACGUGCUUAAUGCUAUUUUAUCUUUGAAACAAGAUUAUAUCCAGCUUCCAACGGCUGACGUAGACGUUCAUCCUAAGAUUCGAGAGAAUCCCAAUUUCUUCCCAUAUUUCAAGAAAGCAUUGGGAGCAAUUGAUGGAUCUCAUAUUCCUGUAAUUGUGAAGAAAAAAAACACAACAGGUAUCGUAAUCGAAAGAAUUUCAUAUCUCAAAAUGUAAUGGCAGCGUGCUCCUUUGAUCAUACUUUUCUUUAUGUGGCUGCUGGAUGGGAGGGAUCAGCAUCUGAUAUGUCAGUACUCCGUGCAACACUGGAAGAUGGUAAAUUUAAUGUUCCUGAAGGUCACUUUUACUUAGUUGACUCAGGAUAUGCUAAUACUUCAAAAUUUAUCGCCCCAUAUCGUGGAUCACGUUAUCAUCUUGGAGAUUUUGCAAACAGGACCACCAGAGCCUAUCGAGAUACUAAAG